CGGCCACCCUCCACCAUGAGCUGAGGACUGCUUCCCGCGUCACACCCUCAACCUGCCGCGUGUGUUUAAACAGAAGGAUGGUAGCCAGAGGAGAAAUAGCAAGAUUUUGGAGUCUGGAAAGCCUCCACAUGGUCUCUUCAGAUGGAGGUGCAGAGUCUUCGGCCUUAGUGGAUGACAAUGGCAGUGAGGAGGACUUCAGCUAUGAAGAACUCUGCCAGGCCAACCCUCGGUACCUGCAGCCAGGCGGGGAGCAGCUGGCCAUCAACGAGCUCAUCAGCGAUGGCAGCGUGGUCUGUGCAGAAGCACUGUGGGACCAUGUGACCAUGGAUGACCAGGAACUGGGCUUCAAGGCUGGGGAUGUCAUCCAGGUCCUGGAAGCCUCUAACAAGGACUGGUGGUGGGGCCGGAAUGAAGAUAAAGAGGCCUGGUUCCCUGCGAGCUUCGUGAGGCUUCGAGUCAAUCAGGAGGAGCUGCCUGAGAGCUGCAGCAGCUCCCAUGGGGAAGAGCAGGAUGAGGACAGCAGCAAGGCCCGCCACAAGCACCCUGAGAGCCAGCAGCAGAUGCGCACCAAUGUCAUCCAGGAGAUCAUGAACACCGAGCGCGUGUACAUCAAGCACCUCAAGGACAUCUGUGAGGGCUAUAUCCGACAGUGUCGUAAGCACACGGGGAUGUUCACGGUUGCGCAGCUAGCCACUAUUUUUGGAAACAUCGAAGACAUUUACAAAUUCCAAAGAAAGUUUCUGAAAGACCUUGAGAAACAGUACAACAAAGAGGAACCUCACUUAAGCGAGAUAGGAUCCUGCUUUCUCCAGCACCAAGAGGGCUUUGCCAUCUACUCCGAGUACUGCAACAACCACCCAGGUGCCUGCGUGGAGCUGUCCAACCUCAUGAAGCAGAGCAAGUACCGGCACUUCUUCGAGGCCUGCCGCCUGCUUCAGCAGAUGAUCGACAUCGCCUUGGAUGGCUUCCUCCUCACGCCCGUGCAAAAGAUCUGCAAAUACCCACUGCAGCUGGCCGAGCUGCUCAAGUACACCACACAGGAGCACAGCGAUUACAACAAUAUCAAGGCAGCCUACGAGGCCAUGAAGAACGUGGCUUGCUUGAUCAACGAACGCAAGCGCAAGCUGGAGAGCAUUGACAAGAUUGCCCGCUGGCAGGUGUCCAUCGUAGGCUGGGAGGGCCUGGACAUCCUAGACCGAAGCUCCGAGUUGAUUCAUUCGGGGGAACUGACCAAAAUCACCAGGCAGGGCAAGACCCAGCAGCGGAUCUUCUUCCUCUUCGACCACCAGCUGGUGUCCUGCAAGAAGGAUCUGCUGCGUAGGGACAUGCUAUACUACAAGGGCCGCAUGGACAUGGACGCGGUGGAGCUUGUGGACGUGGAGGACGGACGGGACAAGGACUGGAACCUCAGCAUGCGGAAUGCCUUCAAGUUGGUCAGCAGAACCACAGAUGAGGUGCACCUGUUCUGCGCCAGAAAGCAGGAAGACAAGGCCAGGUGGCUGCAGGCCUAUGCAGACGAGAGGCAGAGGGUACAGGAAGACCAGCAAAUGGGAAUGGAAAUCCCAGAAAAUCAAAAGAAACUCGCUAUGUUGAAUGCCCAGAAAGCCGGACAUGGGAAAUCUAAAGGCUACAGCAGCUGCCCCGUGGCCCCGCCCCACCAGAGCCUGCCGCCCCUUCACCAGCGCCACAUCACCGUGCCUACCAGCAUCCCGCAGCAGCAAGUCUUCGCCUUGGCCGAGCCCAAGAGGAAGCCGUCACUCUUCUGGCACACUUUCCACAAACUAACCCCCUUCAGAAAAUGAGCCUCACUCAGGAUGUGCCUCUGAGGUACUGUGGGGAGGAAGGUUCGUCUCUUCGGUGUGGUGUCCAGUGUGGUGCUGCAUGCUUCUUUUAGGAAUCUGUGACGAGGAGAAGGAGUUGAACUCUUCUUUGAUCUUGAGCGGCCCUGCUGCCCUCGUGGAAAGAAGGGCUCCGUGAAGCACUGCUCUAUCCUACACUGGAAGCCGAGCUGCACUCUCAGGUGGCCGGGAUGUGGGGACCAGGCCUCUCUCGGCAUGGGAACAGCUGACCCAGUGGUCCUGUGAGUUUACCACUGAUGGUCACACCCCUGCUGCAGUUCCAGACAGUUCCAGAGCCUUUCAGUCCCUUAGGGGCCACUAUAUUAAGGAUGCCUUCUCUGUUUGUUCUUAAGCAUUGACAGAGAUUGGUAGGAUGUUGGCAGCCAUAGGAUGGCCUGGGUCAGGUCAGCCCUGGCAGAGACAGUGAAGGGGUUAGAACUGCAGGGCAGGUGCCCACUGUUUUCCAAGGUGUACCUAGUGCCAAGCAAGAGUGUAGGCUUCAUCUUACAAGGUUCCCUGUUCACAAGCUAGGGAGAGACAGGAGGCGCCUGUCGCCCUGGCAACGUGGGACAUGAUAGCAUCCUCAAAGCCACGUGCUACUUCCCUGACCAGAGGGAAGGGCACUGCCAGCUCGUUUGUCCCUCUCACCUCCUCCAGCAGAGGUCCUGUCUGCUCACAACACAACCUAAGAAGCUGCCGUUCACAGAAAUAGUGGCGAGGUGAAAAUUGUUUCAAGUUUGAUAACAUGAGAAUGGGCACCCGUGCAUCUUCAGCAGCUAUUUGCAGUUUCUUCAUCAGUGAGGUGAUGAAGACACAGAGGUUCCACAGAGAAAGCGAGAGACAUAGAGACGUAGCGUCCAGCUUCCUGGGAUGUGGAGACACCUGUCACAUGACCUUGAAACGGUGGUGCACGGGCUGUGUCAUCUGGAGGUUGACUCCUUCGCUCUGAGAGACAGUUUAAUGAGGGUCACACGGGCUGACGCCCACAGAGAGUAACCUCCCUUUGUUGACAUUGUGGAAUUUGAUGAAAAUGCUUUUUAACAAGAUAUAAGGAAGACUGGUCCUACAUUUUAAUCGACACAGUGAGCUGGCAGGGACAGAUCCCGCCAUGCAGCUGUGCCUUUUGGACAGCUUGUUCUUGUGAGCAGUUCCUGCAGGGUUCUCCUUGCUCCUCAGCUCUUGCUUGAGAACAAACAAGUCUGCAGUGUUAGAGAUGAAGAUAUUGGUCCAUCAGCACGGUUUCUCCAACCAGUUCGCCCCAGCUAGAGCUAGGCCUAAAGCUACUGACCUCACAGCAAAUCACCUUGACCCUGGACCUGGGGUUAGCCUCAACACUGCUGUGCACCCUGGGCAUGUUCAUUUAGAGGCCACAGUGCUGGGGAUUGUGGUCAGAAGCCCCAGGGCUGGGCUGUUUCUGUGUGUCAUGAAGUGGUUCAGUGCACAGAACGUGUGCGCGCGCGUGCGUGUGUGCGUGCGUGCGUGCGUGCGUGCGUGUGUGUGUGUGUGUGUUAGAGAGACAGAGAGCGAGUGAGAGAAUACUUAAAUAGAUGCCUGAGCUUAGCUGCGUUUCUAUAACUGACAGGUUGUUUUUGUAUUUUACUAACUGAAUGCAAUGAUAUAUUUUGGAAAUUAUACUUAGUGUACUUUCUCUGCUACACUGUGUCUGUCCGGCAGUUUCAACAGUUGUGCUCUUAAUAUGUGAACUGAUUUGAGGAAGUGAAGAGAGUCUUUUGGUCCUGUUUAUAGUCACUGAGGAUUCAACUUGAGGCUCACUGCAGACUUCAUUUGCUGUUACAGUGAAUGACAGUGAAGAAGUAAUACUUUAAGUUUGUGACCGGUCCUGAUAGAUUUCCCAGCUGCCCUAACUUCCGGUUCCCACCUACCUCCACAGACCUCCUAACAAUCCCGAGUCACGGUCAAGACCUGGGCCGGCCCCAGGCAAUUUUAUACAGUGUGAGAAGUGUUUGAUCAAAUGUCUGACCCGGAUGAAUCUUACUUGGGAUUUCUGGGUGAUUUUGAAAACUAAUGUGACAGAGAAACCCUGUCUCGAAAAACCCCCCCAAAAAAAAAAAGAAAUGAAAACUAAUGUGUUUUUAAAAGCUAUAAUAGCCUUUUGACUUUGUAAAAAAAAUCUGUAUUCUAUAUAAAUUUUAUUACCAAAUACCUGAGUUCUACAAAAAGUGGAAGACCUUAAGUAUUAUUUUUAGUUCUCCAAACUUCCUUCUUGAUUUGAGGUGUGCGCUCUACUUUGAAAGGAAGAAAAGAGAAACAGCAUGGAGCCUCUUGCCGGAAUGGUGUCUGAGGCUCGUGAACAUUCCCUCCCUUUCCCUCGUUAGCAUUUCAGAAUUUGCCAGCUCUGUUGAUACUGUUGAGAGGGCUUCCCUGGUUUAGAUUAUAUACGACCACCAUGUGGUAGGUGAAAGAUGAUCAUAAAUAAUACUUGAAAGUGUAGAGAAAGAAGGAACAUUCCAGGCUCUGUCUCAAGAGUAAAAGGGAGUGGUAGACAGCUAGUUGGGCUCUCAAGAGACAUAUGGUAGACCUGCUUCUGCAGGCGGGAACCAUCACCACUAUGGAAUGCCAUUUCUAAAUACUGUGCCUUUUGCUAUCCAAGCCAUUCAAGGCUGAUUCCACAUCCUACGUUGCUGUUUUUACAUGCAAAGCAAAAAUGUGUUUAAUUUGAAAUCCGGUUCCCAGUGGAAGUCUUUUGUGCGCGCCUGAGAUCCAGCAUCAUGCGCGUGUGGAGAAUUGGACCUGGAUAUUUCUCAGGACGGGUCAGUCCUGUUCCCAGUUGGAGUUUCCUGGAGCCAGGGCAUGGCUUCUGCAUUUUGUCUUCAUCCCAGAUAGGAAAAGCAGAAGUGUCCCUCAGGCCAGUGCCAAGAAGUGUGAGUCAGUGUCUUUCAGCAGCGUAAAGCCAGGAUGCUGGGUGCAGUGUGCCCACAAAUGGUUUCUUCUCAGGGUCCAGGGAAGGGGAGUUUGAAGGACUUGGGACAAAGUAAGUAGCAACUUCUAGCUAGUCUGGGGGGGUGAGGGAGUCAGCCUAUAUGAUGUAUGAAAAUUUGCUUAGCCAUCCCACAUACUUCAUUAUUACCUUCAUGGUCUCUUAGGCAUGACCGUUUAUAUUUAGAAAGUAUUUUGAGCCACUUCUGUAAUUUAAUAAUUGGUCCCUUUUGGGGGGUACAUGUUGGUGCCCAGUGUGUGUGACUUGCUGACUUCUUGGCUAUGCUUUUGGUGAAAUCUAAUCCACGUUGGGGUGCUGUGGUCUGUGUAAGUCAAGUGCUACUCUUGAGAUGACGAGUUGACCUUGACACUGAAAUAGGACCUGUGUGCAAGAUGUGCAUUUUUUGCUAAAUGAAGGGUUUUUUUUGUUGUUGUUGUUUUUAAAAAAUAGGUAUUUGAUUUCUUGUAAAUGCUGUGAAUCUCUAUUUGUUGUUUUGUAUCUGUAUAUUAAAAUACUUUGUCAAA